AUGUGUCAAGGGAACCUGGACGCUAAUCAUUUCCAAUCCAUCGUUCCGCGCAUGGCCAUGUCGCAUCCGUACCUCCUGGAUAGUCUACUAGCGUUCUCGUCCCUGCACCUGGCUUCGCUCGAGGUAGACGAGAAACGUCAGUGGUUAGAAACGGCCCUCAUGUACCAAAAUCGAGCGUGCUCGGCCUUGGGCCAGGUUCUGGCGGGGUUCUCGCUGGAGAGUUGCGGCCCGGCCUUCAUCAGCUCCAUCUUCAUCAUGCUAUGCGCAACGGCGUACCCUUGUAUCUCUCAAGACAGCCAUACGAUCGAUCCCCUUGCCCAUAUCUUGGAAACUCGUCAGUUGAUUGCUGGUUGCUCCUUUCUGUUCCAGCAGCUUGGUCAAGCGGAGAAUCUGGGCGAGAUGAAAGGAUGGUUACAGUACACCGACCCCGACAAGCCUGGGGCGGCCAACGAACAAGAACCGAAGCCGGACUCGGAACUUGUGCAACUGCGAGGCGAACUUCUAGGGUCUCUAGAUAAGCUCCGAGGGAAUAUUGACCGCACCGAAGAGCCCCAUAAGGCUGCGUAUCUGCAUACCUGGGAAUUCUUGCAGGCGGCGGUCAAGCAGUGGCCUUUCGGGGGUCCUAAUGGGGGCAUACUGGCGUUCCCGAUCAAUAUCGGUGAGCCAUAUAUCGAAUUGCUAAAAGACGGAGAAUGGAUGGCUCGUAUAUUGUUCCUGCACCACGGAGUCAGUAUGCACCUCAUCUCAGACAAGUGGUUUGUCAGAGACUGGGGGAGACGCCUUGUAGCCGCGAUCCUACAAUCUCUGGAAGAAGUUCCGGCCGAGUGGACCGAUACUCUCGCAUGGUCCCGGCAGGCUGUGGGCCUUGACACGAAGUAA